AUGGAAGAUAAAAUUCGAGCAAGUCUGUUGGUUCUCCCUUCUGAGAUUAUAUACAACAUUGUUAACUACCUACCAACUCUCGCUUCCAUCACGCAUCUCUCUCGGACAUGUCGCCGGCUGUACGAAGUUAUCUCUGCAGACCACUAUCGGAUACUACAAGCCUUUGUCAAAAGCCAAUUUCCUUCAAUCGAGACUCCUCCAUUCUGGGCUGAUGCAGCGCGGGCGCUGACUUCUCGAUCUCGGGCAUUUGAUCGUAGAGCUGUAAUCGCGCGUUUCAUACUACCCCCAGAUAAUGCCACGCGAAUCGGUAAUCCACGGACCAUUCGAACAGACCAUCCUACCCUUGGAUAUCGUCCCGUGAUUGAUAGUUAUGAAGUGUGGUAUGGAAAUUCUUGGUCUGCGAGGAAGGAGGUUCUUGUGUGGGGCGCUGGCGCGGACCUGGUAAUCCGUAUCAAAGACUAUGGUCGAAAGUAUCUAAAAGUUACCAAUAAUGCUGGCUGCCCAUCCAAUGCAUCAAGGAGAAGAGCCAGCGGUACUCCUCAAGAUUACGUUUCCUGGGCUACAUUCAAUGAUUUGCAUGGUGUGAACAGCUGGGAUGAUAUCUCUGGCGUGCAUUUACUCGGAUCUUCUCACUCAAAAUGGACUGAGGAUGAGGAUAUCAUCUUUGGUCGGCGGAAUGGCAAGCUUGUUCGUACAUCUAUUUCAGCAGAAACAGGCUCUAGCAGGCUGGAAAAAUCGUAUCUUACACUAGGAGGAUACCUCGAAGGCACCGACAUAAGUUCCGGACCCUGCAGAAUGCUCGCGGCAUCCAUGAAUAGGAAAUCAAUUCUGUUUUUCCGAGUCGACGCCGAGGAAGACGAGGUUCAUCCUUUCGAAACCCUCAAAAUUACCGCUCAUGGUCUUGGAAGACACAGAUGCUCUCGGAUUUUGUGCGAUGAGAAGAUUGCAGUGGGUUCUGAUGGGGAGUCCGACAAAAUCUCGGUGUUUAGCUUUCGCCCAAACGGCACUGUUAAGCUUCGCGAUCUCAGGGUUGAUGAUGAUGAACCGAGGAGAGCUAAAGCAACGACUAUUGAACCCUUAACGGUAUCACGCGUAUCUGGCGGCAACCCUGGCGACCUUUUUUUGCUGCAUGACCUUCGCUCCCCAAGUUCGAUUGUGUCAGUUUUCUCAGAUACCGUCGAUGACAGUCCUAUCUACAGUCUCAAACCCAUCGGUCGCGAACGCUUCGUCGUGGGUAGCGGCAUCCAUGCUCUGGUGAAGAUCUUCGAUAUGCGCAUGGGACGAUACAGCUACUUGGAUGCUGCCCUCCCAGCAGCGAGGCCUCACAUUGACUCAAUGAGCAAUCACAAUCGUCCGGAACGACCAGAAACAGUCCUAUUCCCAAGUAAAGACAUAUCUAUAUUCUUAUCGAACCGCAUUCAAAACCUCCCAGGCCGAAGAUUGAACCGUUUACGCGAACCCCACCGUUAUCGCGGACCAAUUUACACAAUCUCUCAGCCCUCUCCGUCCUCAUCAACAUUCUAUAUUGGCGUUGAAGACAGCGUGAUCCGCCUUGACAUGGUAUCGACAGAUGACCUAGCCGGCAAAAACAAGGAGUGGUACCAACGCAACCUAGACCUGGGAUUAGAUCAACAUGGUGGUGUCGAUUGCCAACCCUUGGACUUGUCCUGUUAUGAACGGCCGUUUCCUAGGGAUCAGGGUAGAGGAGUGAGACUCAUGAUGCAGGAUCCCCUCUGGAUGGCGUUGGACGAGGAAUCCCGUAGUGAAUUGAGUAAGAGCGAAGUGAGAAUCCCCGGCUGGGAUCGGAGAUGGUUCCAACCUUGGGUUGUAAGGAAUAAAGUGACGGGGGGAACAUGGCGAAGAGUGUCAUAGAAUGGGGCCGGUUAUAUAUGCUAGACAUAACCAUGGCUUUCAUUCAACAAUAAUAAAGUAAAAAAAUUAUGGUACGUAUAUAAAGAAGUUAGGGCGUUUGAGGAUCAGAGAGAAUGGAAUGGGAUAGAGUGAUGUAAUUCGAGUAUACUUUUGUUUACUCCGGACCUAGGCGCAUAAUCUAACAUAGGCUCUAGAGAGGUUACGCCGCCUAUAACUCCUCGCUAAAGAUGCUAGCCGCGGGGGGGGAGGGCUCAUUGAAUAAGAGCGUAAAAACGGCCGACAGCGGUUAUGGAAACCUCUGGGAUCGGACAGAUAUAUCGUCACCGCGCCAACGGACCAAAAACCUAACUGCCAGUUCCCGAUCUGUGGCACACCGCGGAUAACUUGAGAAGCAAGCAAUGACAGAAACAGCAGAUCUGAUACUCGUGAUGAUGCCAUGCUAAGGAUAACGGACUUCUUAACAUAAGUGCCCGAGGAAACCCAGUAGUUUAAAUUGAUUUAGUCUUCAAACUUAAACCCCUUGCCGGGUCCGAUAUCGAUAGGGCCCCCACGGUAUGAGCCACGUUUCUUUUUGUUUUUUUCCUUCGUGAAACCUUUGCCGCGGGUUACAGAGAGAUCCUUGUGGGCGCGAUCCGCAUAUGCGUAAGGCACGUAUUCGUUGGAUGGGUGAUUGUGCCAUUGUUCGCUAGCAAUUGCUAGAGGAGUGGGCUUAGCGCCUCUAUAGCGUGGGGCAGAGUCAUUAGAAGUUGAGUUAGAUCUUGUGAGAGCGGUGCUGUCAGUUGGGUUGUCAGAUUUCCCAUUGCCUGUGUUGAGAGCAUCGGGGGAGCUAGAUGAAGCGUCAUGCAAGGUUGUACUGGAACCUGCGGACGAUUCCCGAUUAUCGAUGGCAGAAGCUGGUUUUUCGUCCUUUGAAGAAUCGGAGUCAGACUCGUCAGAGGAUGAAGAAGAUGAGGAGGUAGAGGAUGAAUCACUAGAUUCGCUAUCGCUGUCGCUGCCGGAGUCAACAUCUUUCACUUUCGCAGGCUUCUUUGCUUUAGCCGACUUAGAUUUCUCCGAUUGUGA